AUGUACUUCCACGGAGGAAGUACUUCGUUACUACUUUUUGUUAAGCAACACUCUCCUAAAAGGUACGAUUUGAUUUAUUUCAUUGCAAAUUUCUGCUCAACAAAUUCGAAAGCUGACUUCUUCUCCUCACAAUCCAACGCAUAAAAAGACACCAUGACUGACAUGAUCGAUUCGCCUAGAAUAUCGACAAACGCUUUCGGCAUUGGCAUCGGCAUCGGCAUCGGCCUCGUUACACUUGCGCGUUGUGUAUAUUCCACGAAAAACAUACUCGUUUCCAAUGAGCGUCUGCUUCUGGUCGCUGCUUGCGUUCUCUUGGCAUGCAUCUUCGGUUUUGGGAGCUAUGUCGCAUAUGUCUUCCAACGGUGGGAAAUAGGAUUUGCAGGCAACCGACUGAACCGGACCGAUGUGAAUUGUCCCUCGAACAAACAACCCCCGAAAGUUUCCGAGUAAGUGCAAGCCAAAUUUGUGGCUAUUCUUUUGCUGGGUCCGCUUGCGACACAAUCCUCACGUCCUUGGUGUGUUUGAUGUAAUGUCCUCUUCCUACCGCUUGCGCACUCUAUACUAGUUUCGACACAACGAAAACAGAGAUUGUAUCCAUGUCCGGACGCCUCGAAGCAUUCAAAUCGUGCAAGUUGAUCGAUCAAGUCAAAGUCAUGGAAAGGGUAGGCAAAGGAGGCAAGAGACGGCGUUCGAUGACCAGGAGGGCUUCCUUCAACGAAUUAAUUGUUGAAACGGAAGAAGAAGCUCAAGAACUCGACAUGGACCACAUCUACAUUCGAUUUUUUGACUUCUUCUGGGGUUUCGUCUUCAUAGGACCAAUGUCGUACCUGCUCUGGAAGAGAGGAACCACCUGGCUGGCGGUUCGUAAGAAACUGACCGAAUGGGGCGUCUUGAAGGUCCCGGAAUGCAACAUCGAACGCCUUGUCGGAACACUGUGUCUCGAACAAAGCCAGGUAAUUCAUUAUGUCACGGCAACGAAAGACGACAACGACCACGUCGCAGGUUUUUUCUUCUCGAGCUUUCCGUACGUGGACAAUGACUGCAACUACAGGGUGGCCGACCUCUUUGCCGUCCACAUCGAUUUGGAUACCAAGUGCUUCGUGAGGGCCAAUCUAGACAACUUGAACCUGACGGCAUCGGAAACGCUUAUUCUCCUCUGGUUCAACACGAUUGCGGCACAGCACGUUAAACUCCACGCUCUGGCAAACUGGGGUGUGAACAACAGUCCGGAUGUCAAGGAGGCCAAUCCCUUUCUGUACCAGAACAGUGUGGUCACCAUUAUCUACAACUAUUUCGGAUACUCGACCUUUUCUAAUUUCUUGAAGACAUGGGAGAACMAGGGUCUUCUAAAGCCUGGCUGGAGCGAAAGCAAUUGUCUGAUCAAGUGCUUCAAUCAUGGCAUCAAGGGUGGCGUCAGGCAGCACUCCCAAAUCACGGACCUGAUGAAGCAUUCGAGAUUCGUGCGUUUUGUCGUCAAGGUCCGUUCGAUUUUCAUCAAGGAGUUCGGACAGCACAAGCACCUCUUCCCCGGGGUCGACGGGGAGGCCCUUUUCGUGGGCACCGUCCUUCAUUCUCUCGAUCACACCCUCAUGGAAUGGAACAUGGUGGAUCCCCUCUGGCUGGAUGUGGAUGAUCCAAGGUUCGGGACCAUGGCCCAGCUCGGGCGUUUGGUGAGGGUCGGCUUUGUGGAGGAUGUCCCGCUCUUGUACUUCCAGAAACGAUUCAAGGGAUCCAGGCAUCCCUUCUACGAAGCCGUCUACAAAAAGGCUGCACGGAUAGACAAGGAACUGGCCGACAACAUGGACACCUGUAUCAUCAAAUAAUUGCAGUGCACUGUCGCGCAACAUUUGGAUUCAUGUCCCUCGUCGCUUCUGUACCUCUUUAGUAAUCCUGAAAACAUUUUCCCUACUUUGGUCGACAAGGGAUUCAGGUGACAGCGUAACGAAUUUAGAUCAAAUCCUUUCCUUCGACAGGCCAGCGAUACGCUCUUUUGUUGGAGCGCUCGCUGCCGCAAAAUUUCCAUAUCUCACCGUUGCAUCUCGGCUUCGGUUGCUAUCUUGUCGUCGUCGUCAUGACCUGACUCGAUUUGAUUAGAUUCGUACCAUAUGGACCAAAUUCUUGUGUGGGAAUUGCGUAUCACUUUUCACUUUCCCAAACAACUUUAGAGCACCAGACUAAGCGCUCAGACCAAGAUAAUACAAUUACUUAGUGAUC